AACACAUGAUAAAUACACAGUCGCUUGGCAUUUAUUUUCAUUUCUCACAUUAACAAAAUUGUGCUCAAUAGUUUCAUUUCACUGUGAUCGAACUCGGCACAAUUUCCCAAUACAAACAAUUGGAAUUGGUUUUAAUUUAAACACGAAAUUAGGAGACGAUUUUAGGAAAAUGUCAUUUGAUACGAUUCCAAAAGAUUUGCGAGGUCUUCGUGCCUGUUUGGUGUGCUCAUUGGUCAAGUCAUUCGACCAAUUCGAAAUGGACGGUUGCGAUAAUUGCGAGGAAUUCUUGCGAAUGAAAAACAACAAAGACAACGUUUACGACUGUACCAGCAACAAUUUUGAUGGUUUGAUUGCGGUGAUGAGCCCUGAAGAUAGUUGGGUUUGCAAAUGGCAACGUAUAAACCGGUUCACCAAAGGCAUCUAUGCGAUCUCAGUGUCAGGCCGUUUGCCCAAGACGAUUGUGAGAGACAUGAAAAACAGAGGCAUUCCAUAUCGUGCUCGUGACACCAGUCAACGAUAGAUUUUCAUCGAGCAGUAGCAGUUUUUACAAACUUGAAUUUAAUUUGUUUUUCUUAAUUUCAUUCAACUUGAUUUCAAAUAUUUUAAAAUAAAAAUUCACUAUUAGAUUCAA